GCUUUCACCAUGAUCAAACGUGAACUCCAAGCUCUUGUUUUAUUGACAUCUACCGUUGCACUAGCCAUCGGUACUUGCAACAUAGGUUUUGGGGCUUACCCGCAAACUGGCUCAUUGCUACAUACCUUGUAUGCCCAAAAAGGUCCAGUGUCGGAACCGCAAAACAUGUCAUUAGUGUUCGAUUACCAGGUCAGUCCAGUAGAACGCGUUGAGAUAACUUCCGUCAGCAUGAAUACAUCUCUUACGGACGGAUGCACGUUUUCACAUCCCGCAACCCAAAACAUUUCUGAAGGGUUCAGUAUAAAAGUUUCGAGCCUGUCGCCGGUCUUGGAAAUGUCUGGUACUGCCACCGUCUAUGGAAAACGCUACGGUGAUUUCCAGGUACACACGCUUUACGCCACGAGUGGUCCUGUUCCUGAGGCACAAAACAUGUCAUUGAUAUUUGACUAUCAAGUUAGUCCAGUAGACACUCUUCAAGUGACACACGUCUCGCUAUCCACUUCUUUACAGUCGGGUUGUGAGACCAGUUUUCCAACUACAGCAAUAACAAACGGGUUUAGAAUUACUGUUACAACGCAGCAACCUGUUACUUCAUUCUAUGGAACAGCAACUGUUUUCGGGAUCCGAAGAGGAUAGGUAAAUGUGUGAUUUUUACAUGCAACAAAAACUAAUUCAACAAAUAAAAUAAUCACCCUUGAAAUAA